CGUCUCAGCCAGGAGGAAGCAGCUCUCGCGAGAUUUGAGCGGUCCAAAGGUUUUCCACUAUGGUUUCCACUAAAAGCAGCUGCUGUAAAAGUUGGUUUUAAUCCCACAAACUUGCUUAUUUCUGCCGGUAGUGAGGAAGAUGAGAUCCUGAUGAUGAUGAUGAUGGCAGACAGUUGAUGUGCUCAGAGGAGGAUGAAGAUGAGGAGGGUGAAGCUGAGGGUGAACCACAGCCAGCUGCUGCUUCUGUCCAGAGAAGAAACAUCUGGAAACUUCCAGAAAGAAGGAUCGCUGCGAGUUGGACGACAGGAGAGAGAUCUCUCUGAGAGGUUCUGCCGGCUGAGAGGAAACCUGCUGUUCAUCCUGAAGAAACAGGGUGGUAAGCUGGAGGAGGUGUUGCUGUUGGAGAGAUGUGAAGUCAUGAAGCUUCCAGACGAUGACAGACGACUGGCUGUCGUGUUUGUUAGCAGUGACCCUGCUGUGUUCCUGGAGUCCAGCAGCUCUGCAGAGUGUGCGUCGUGGCUCGCCGUCCUUAGAGACGCCAACACCGACGCGAUGAGGCGACGCAUCGCAAGCCUACGCACGCUCAUCAACACACACACUAGUCAGCACACACACAUUGCUGCACACUGCAGCGGGGGGGAUGAAAACAUAGAGGAUGCUGCAGGUGGAGUCGAAUCUGCUGCUAAAGUCUCUCCGCUGCACCUGAGAGUCGAGUGUCGAGGUGUUGUUGCCGUGGCAGCCAACAGAGUCAAGGUACAGGUGUGUGUGAUCGACACACACACUCACACAGUCAGGAAGCACUGGUGCUGCAAGAUGGUAGAGGGACCGGAUGAAAGUGUGUUUCUAACAUCAGUGUGUUUCCGUGGCGACUACCCUCUCUACCAUCACAGCAGGAUUAAAGUCAAUGUUUACCACAAAGAGGAGCCGACAACACACGCCACAAGGAGCUUUCUGGGUUUCACCUCCUUCUCCAUCAGAGAUCUGUUCCGGUCCAAAGAGCCUCACAUCUCCCUGAGUCUCAGGACGAUAGAUGGAGUGAACGAGGUCGGGGAGGUGAAGGUGUCCCGUCUGCAGAUGGAGGGAGAAACUCCUCCUGAACACGAGUGUCCUGCUCUGUGUGACAGUCUUCACGGCUCCGUCCACGACAAAGAAAACAGUCCAAUGAUGAGAGCUGUGUUGUGUGCUCAGGUGUGUAAGGUGUACAGGUUUCAGACGGAGGAUCAGAGAUGGCUGCUGGUCCGGGAACAGAUGUCCGAGACGCCGCUCUCGUUCUCUUUACCCAAACAGCUGCUGAGCGCGCUCAUACACAGCCACACCAGCAGGGUCCAGGAAGUGAAGGAGCUCGGUGACCUUUCACCCCACUGGGACGGGCUCCGACAUGACGUCAUCAACCACUGUAACCACCUGAUUGGCUGUUAUCAGGAAACGCUCGCUGAGCUCGACAAACUCUCAGCCUCGUCCUGCUUUAAGUCGAGCGGCAGUAAAUCAAACAAACACCUUCAGUUUGUUCCGACCAACCUGCACUCCCAGAGGAUGGAGGUCACCGACCCCGACAGCACAGGUGUUUGGUAUGAGGUCAUAACCUUCGGCGCUCCAGCCGAUCACCACCAGGCCUUCAAACACGGAGGACUGAAGAGGCUGCUCAGCAAACACACCAACCACAGAGACAGCUCCGUCUCUUACUCCCAGGACGAGAGCUCCAGAGCGAGGGAGCUGCUGGCCAGCGUGGCCGAGCUGCAGCCUCUGGUGUUCGGGCUCGCCGAGGAGCUGCUGUCCGUCUCUCUGGAGCUGAGCGCCGCCCGGCUGCAGCAGGUCCUGGAUGGCCUGUCUCGACAGACGGAGCAGUUUGUUCACGCGCUCAAAGACAACCUGGUGAAGAGCGCCCUGUUGACGAUCCACAGCCAGUUUUCGCCCAGCUCCCACGUCCACAGCAACGGGCUGUUCUGUGACUUCACGCCCGCCAAUCAGGAGGGGCAGACGUUGCCGGGGCAACAGGACAACGGCCGACGGGAUGCGGAGUACGACGAGGAGGAAUGGGACAGGGCGUGGGCGAACGUCGCCAUGAGCCUCAACUGCAUCAUCGCCAUGGGCGACCGGCUGCAGGGACGGGAGGAGCGCCCUCAGGCGGUGACAUCAUCAGAGCAGCAGGAAGCAACAGGGGACACAAACUCUGUAACUUGUCCGUCUCCUCCAGCUUCGUCCUCUUCCUCUGCGUACUCCUGGCAGGAGCAGCUGCUCCCCCUGGUGGUCACUCUCAGGGACUGCGUGCGCGAGGCGGUGGGGAAGGCCCGAGUCGCCAUGACCUUCGUGGUCCUGCAGGGGGCGGUGGCCACGACCGUCGCUCAGGGACCAGCACACAUCGUCCAGAGACGCCACGCCGUCUUCAGCCAGGCGCUGUCAGCAGUGGUUUGUGGUUUCAUGUUGAAGCUGUACGGAGGUUUGGAGGAUCCGGACUUCCUGCUGCAGCUUCACUCUGUCGGACUCCUGGUUCAGUUUGAAGGCCUUCUCAGCACCUACGGUGACGAGGUGGGGAUGCUGGGGGACAUGGAGGUGGGUGUGGCCGACCUGAGUGCCGUCGCGUUCACCGUCACCGAAGCUAAAACAGAAGAACCGGACGACCUGCUGCCGACGCUCAGUGGAGCAUGGGGCAGUUUGGUCGUCGAGGUCCCGUUGCCCUCGGAGACCUUCGGGUCGUUGCCGCAGGAAGUGAAAGACGGUGGUUUGAUACGAGUUCAUCCUGUUCUCUUUAACAUCGGAAUCAACCAGCAGCAGAGUCUGGCCGAGAGGUUUGGUGACAGCUCGCUGCAGGAGAGAGUGAACCAGCAGAGCUGUGAGCGUCUCAAAGCGUACUGUAACUCACUGAGAGACGCACUGCCUCACCUGGCUGGUAUCCAGUCUCUAUCAGACCUGUUGUUCUCUCUGGAUCGCAGCGUAGAAACCAAGAAGAGGAAGAACGUGGAGGUUCUGUGGACCGCUGCUUCGGUGUGUCGUAAGGUGAACGGCGUGCGUCUGACGAGCUGUAAGAGUGCGAAGGACCGCACGUCGAUGUCGGUGACGCUGGAGCAGUGUGUGUUACUGAGAGAGCGCCACUCGCUCAGCCAGCAGCACUUCAGCACCGCACUCGACUGCAUGAGGAGGGACGGCUGCAGGAUGGAGAACGUGCAGAAGAACAUCGGCAGCAGGAAGUUCGCCUUCAGCGGCGUUCAGCUCCUCACUUUCCCCAAACUGUACCGACCUCCAGACGGCAGCUUCGGAUAGAAACACUGACCUUUAUUUUAACUUUCUGUACAGAUUUUUUUAUCAAAAGAUUGUUUGUUUUAUCAUGUAAAGUGUGUCAUAUUAUACAUUAUGUAAAUGUAAUGUAAUUUAAAUGUAAUUUAAUAGUUUAUGAAGGUAAUGACCCUCUGUGCUGUUUGCUGCUGCUGCAGGUGUUUGAUUUACAAACACGUUUCUGCAAUAAAUCAAUACUUGAUUUA